AUAGUGUCAUUAUUUCUGCAGCUCGCCAGAUGCUGAGGGCACUAAUGUUUUCUAGGCAAUACUGGAGUAGUUGUCAUGCUGUACGAUCCAAGAAGGGCAAACGUAUCUAGGAUCGAAAAAGAGUCUGGUGUAAAUUUGAACACAUGGCUGCUCUGCAGCCAAGUAAUGCUGCUCAAGCUGCUGGCAUCGAAGCUGCUGAAUCAAUAACACAAAUUUCUGAUAGUGUUAUUCCGGCAUUUAAGUCUGAUGCCGAGCAACUACUGAACACGUCUGGCAUGUCAGCAGUAGAAUUACUUGCAAAGGCUCUAGCUAAGGCUCCUGAUUAUAGUGAAAUAAAGAGCAGAUCACUGCUCUCGUCACUUGAGAACCAUGUAACCUUACUUCUCGAGACUGGAAGGCCCAUUUAUACACCUUCGUAUGCUUUUGGUGUCCUGAGGAGAUUCUUGCCUGAAGAAAAAGUAGAGUCUGCAAAGGAUCUUACUCUCACAGCUGAUGGAAAUGGCGUUGUAUUUGAUGUGGCAGCUGAAGAUCUGGAUACUUUCCUUGCUGGUCAUGAGAAUGCAGCAAAUGUAAGCUUAGAGGUGGUAACAACAUUGCCGCGUCUCCAGGAGAGAGACCAGUCAAGAGGGGGAAGAUUUGGCGGUGGGGCUGGUCGUGGCGGCUUUGGUGGUAGGGGCGCGGUGGUUUUUCUGGGGGUAGAGGUGGUAGGGGUGGUAGUUUCUCUGGCCAAAGGAGUGGCCCGUUUUCCGGUGGCUUCAGUGGUGGGAGAGGUCGCAGCAACAAUAGAUGGUGAUAAAGUAAUCUGCAGCCAGUUCCUUGGAGUCGGAGCUUCCCGAAAAAAAGGCAUCAACUUAUGUCGCAUCAUGCGAGAUAAUAUUUUCUCAUGUCGUUGCAGGAAUUUUGGCCGAUUUUUAUGA